AUGCCCAGCACGGCGAUAGAUUACUCUGAUGCGCACAAGGCCUUGAAUUUACAGCCCCAAAUUUUGCCUGAUGGCUCUUGUUUUGUGCUGACGCCCUUCGGUCUCUCGCUCUUGGAAAUCCAAGGCGAGCUCAAUCUUCCCUUAUCUGCACCAGUGUCACAUGAGGGGAUGGACCCAGACUAUUUGAAAAACUUUGCCAAAGUCGACGGGAUUUAUGACGCAGUCCGCUUUGGAAAAAUGGAGUUUGACGAGAAGGACUCGUCCAAGGUCGUACUUUUUAUAGGCUCGUCGCAGCGACUUUUAGGUACUGUCGAGCCGUUGCGCAAUCCUCUAGGCGUGCUCCGGGUGCCUGCUGAGAAUUCCGGAGAGAACAUGAAGAUCGUCGACGUCAUUGAAAAAAAGAUCCUUUUUCAGCAGAGGCCCCUUCCAAUCAUGUAA